UUUAAGUACGGACUGAAGAAUCUAACUUUUCAAAUCUAAUUUAUCUUUUAGUUCGACAUUUAUAAAUUACAAUUAUAGCUCUGUAAAUUUAAUUUAUAAUAUAUAAUUAAUAAUCUCUCGGAAAAAUGUAUUUUUGAGCCAUUAGGUUGAAUAAUAUUGAUUCAGUAGGAGCAGAAAAAUGGCGCCACCCUUGAAAACAACAUUUUGAAUAUAUUCUACAUUGUUACCUUUCUUUCACACACUAUUCGAAAUGACCAACCUAUUUGUAUUGGGCUACAGAGACAAGCCUGCCUUGAAGGAACAUGUGACUCCUCAUAGGAUAGCCCUUGUCACACUGAUCCGAGAAUAUUGCGCUGUUAAGCAAAAAGCGAUCGAAUUGAAGAGUCAAGUGAUGACUUCAGAUGAGAUGGACAUGUGGGAAUACACAGAGAAAGAGAAGAGAGAUUUUAUGAUAACAACUUUAGAACUUUUACAGUGUCCAGAUAUGGAGUUGAAAUCCUUGAUGAACAAAGUACAGGAGAUAUCAAAACCCAAGAUGCUGGAAUAUUUCAUUCAUAGGUUGAUUCAUUUCCAGGAAGAAGGUAUUGGUGCUUUAAUGGACUACUUUCAGACCCUCCAAGAGAAUCUAUUUACAGAGUCAGAACCUCUGGUGAACAAAAGCAGUGUUUUAGGACUAUUCCUGAGAAGGAUGAUCCUGAUGUUUGACAAACUGUCAUUCAGCCAAGUCGGUGCACUCUACAAAGCCUACUUGAGGUAUUAUGAGGGCUGGCGACCAGAUUCCCACCAGGCCAGGCUGUCUAUCUCCCUCAACGAGGCUGACACUGAACUUGACAUAUCGAUGGACCUCGAGGAUGAAGAGAGUCAACAUGAAGAUAAAGACAUUGACAGAUCUCCUGGAGUGAUGUCUGAUGGAACAUUCUCCCAAAGGCAGGCAGAGUAUUUCAUAUCACAACAGGCAAUGCUACUUCAGCAUAAUGAAAGUGAAGCCUUAUCAGCAGGGGACCUUCAACAGAAGAUCAGAGAACUACUCAAAUCAAACUCAGAUCUCACAGAGGCACACUUUCUCAGCUAUUUGAACAAUCUAAGGGUUAAUGAAUACUGUGGCGCUAUAAACUCAUUGUACCAUUACUUUGAUCGCCAUCAACUGACCAAUCCAAAUGCAGGGUCAAAGGUUAAAGAGGAGGAUUAUGGGAGGUCAUUCAGAUAUGCUGCAUUAAACCUUGCUGCGCUUCACUACAGAUUCGGUCACAGGAAUGAAGCCAUGGCAGCUUUACACGAAGCAAUCAGAAUGGCCCAGGAGACCAAUGACAACAUCUGCCUCAUGCAUGCUAUGGGCUGGUUGCAUAUACUUGGGGAACCAGGCACAACUAACAGCGCAGAGAGGCCUGGUAGCCGUGGUGUCUCAGAAACAAACUUGCACUAUCUUGUGUCACUUGGGGUGCAGUUCUUUGCCAAACAUAAUGCCAUAUCUAAAGCUAAACCAUCCAGUAUUUUCGACUAUCUGAUGAAAAGUGAUAUUCUUAACUGCCAGCACUCCCAGGUAGACCUGAUGGCAAUAAGCUAUGCACAGAAAACAGCUUUAUGGCAUCUCUAUGGCAACAGGGAGAUGGCAUCACUAUGUAGUCAAUUGUUACUGAAUCUCAAUACCAUGGAAGCAGGCAUUUAUCACAAUGGAGAAGCUGGAUGCCUGGUACUCUGUAACCUAGCAACACACUUUGCAAGUCAGGGACAAUAUACAGAGAGUCAACACAUUCUACAAUGCUGUAAACAACGUUUCCCACAAAAAUCCCAGCAUGCAUCAGUGUGGAUGGAGUGUGAGCAGACGAUAUUGUUUGACAGAGCAAUGCAUCAUGGGAAGUAUAAAGAAGCUGAGCAAAUUGUACUUACUAUGACUGCGCUAAAUCAACAAGAGGCAAGCUAUAGAAAAGCUUUACUGAUGAAGGCCAAUGGUGAAACCACAAAAGCAUUUGAUUUGCUGACAAGCUUAAAAGAAAAUAGCAAUUCUCAAAAAGAGAGCUGUCAUCCGGAAUAUACAGUCAGGGUGCUGUUAGCUAUAGGGGAGCUCCACUGCCAAACAGAACAACCCAGCUUGGCCUUAGACUCAUUCCUGGCUGCCCUUACAAUCUGCAAUGAACACUAUUUCACAUACCUAGCUGCUAUGGUUACUGUAUACAUCGCAUAUGUACAGUUGCAACUAGGCAUGGCUCAACAUGGUGUUGAGUUAAUCGAAAGUGUGAUGGUCACCAUCCUAGCCCAGGGCUCCCUGUUGGACAGAUCUAGAACUAACAGACUCUAUGCUAAAUGUCUUGUGGCAGCAGCUGAAGGGAAGAACAUAGAGAAGAAAAAAUCAGCUCUGCUAACUGCUGUGAACAUGUUGAAUGGGGUGCUCAGUGGAUAUGAAGUUCUAGAAGCUCACUUCAGGGCUAAAGAAACAUUGCAUUUACAAGCAUGCCUCUACAAUGAAUUAGGGUACUUUACAGAGAGGAAUCAGUGUGCCUUAAAGUUUAAGAAACUUGACCAGCAAUGCCCAACAGUAUCUAGUCUGGACCUGUCAGUUGUGUGACACUAAAUUACACUACACUACAAUGUCGAGGCAUUAAGACUGAUCAAAUCAAGUAGUGUGAAACCUGUCAGCUGGCUGUGCAGUGAAUGCUAACUUGACAUUAUCAUGGAAUAAGAAAUGGUUAAAUACAUUGUAUGGCCUUUUCAG